AUGGGCAGCACACUUUUCGCCGAUAGCUCAAUUACAGCGGUGUACUCACGAAUUGAGGAGGUGACGAAGAUCUACAGAAGACAGUUCGGAGAAGCAUUGCCCACCGGCGGGGAAGUGAGGGCAUGCGCGAAGAACAUCAGGGUGACGACCUCGUGGACUUUGAUCGAUGCCGACAUGGAAAAACGAGUCAACUUCGAUACGAUAUCAAGCGCUGUGAGGAACGAUGGAAAGCCCCAGUUCGAACUGAUGCAGCCAGCCAAAGAGCUCAACGAAUCCAUAAUAUUCUCUCUCGAGACUGAUUCGAAGAGCCAACUGAAGGCAGUGGCCAAAGAAGUAACAAUCGGGGACAAGAAGAGCGAGUACGUUGAGAUCUGGAGAGCCGAGAAUCGAUUGGGGGUUUACGAAUGCGAUUUCGCCGAUCUUCACGGGAAGAUUGUCACCAAGGGAGACUUACCAUCCACGGAAUGGUCUCUGGACGAAACGAAGCUACUCUUCGUUGCUGAGAAAAAAACGCCGAAGGCUGAAUCGUAUUUCGCAAAGAAACCCGCUGCGGGCAGCGCUAUCGAGCUGACGCAGAAAAACACGCACCGUCCAUGAACAGGUGAAUCGUUCAGGCUGAAGGAAGAUUGGGGUGAGCAAGUCGAGGGCUGCGUUUGUCCCGUUAUCGUAAUUCUGGACAUUUCGGUCAUGGAGGCCACGGUCAUCGAGAAACCGGAUUCGAGUCUCGGUCAGGCGAUCUUCACCCCUGAUGGCAGAGGAAUCAUCGCGGUAGAGAGACCGAAUGAGCCAUAUCGACUCGGGUCAACUUUCUGCAACAACCGACGCCAACACCUGUUCUAUUACGAUUUCGAUUUGAAAACGUUUGAAGUGAUUUCCGCUCUCAAUAAAUGUGCCUUUUCCCCCCGGAUGCAUUUGUCGGGGAAGACUCUCAUCUACCUCCAGAAUGAGAUCGGGGGACCUCAUCGAAUGGCCGCCGAACUUCUGAGGGUGGAUUUCAGCUCUCCAAGGAAAGAGCCGGUUGUGGUUGUUGGGAUACCUGACCACCCGAAAGAGAACGAUUUUCCUGGCCUCUACCUCGCGGGCCUGAGUCGCGGGUGCAUACUGGAUGAUGGGAGAACGGCUCUUGUGAAUUCGAUCUGGCAUUCAAGAUUGGAUAUCCUCAGGAUUGACCUCGGCAGUGGCAGGAUCACCAAUCAGACACUGGAUGAUAAAUUCGGAUGCUGGACCGUUCUCGACAUCCACGGGGGUUUCAUCCUGGCAUCGCGGUCGUCGCCUUCAGUGAAGACUCACGUCGUCGUGGGCGAGAUCGCGCAGGACUCAGUGGAGUGGCACGAAGUGAAUGGCCUACAGGAGCUAUCACAUGUCGAGUGGCACCUCAUGAAGCUCCGACCAGUGGAUGAACCGGAACAAUACUUUGAAGCCAUUCUCAUUCAUGAGAGCAGCAGAGAAAAGCGCCCCCUGAUAGUUUUCCCUCAUGGUGGACCACACGCGACAAAUGUGUUGGGCUACUCCAAGGCUGUGCAGCUCUUUCUUGGCUGUGGAUACAGCGUUUUGUUCGUAAACUACAGAGGUUCCCUCGGUUUCGGGGAGGCUAACCUCCGAAGCUUGCCUGGACGGAUCGGAGACGUGGAUGUCAAGGACGUUCUCCAGGCCGCAAAAGCUGUUGAUAAGUCGCUCGUGUCUGACCUUGUGCUUUUCGGAGGGAGCCAUGGUGGAUUCUUGGCGGCCCACCUCGUCGGACAAUACCCUGCUGACUUCAAGGCGGCUGUUCUCUUGAAUCCGGUUUGCGACAUGUCCAUGCAAGGUCCCAGUGACAUUCCCGACUGGUAUUGGUAUGAGUCGGGAUGCAGCGGCGAAUUCAAACACGACAGCUUACCGACAAGCGACGAUUUGGCCCGCGCGCUUUCGACGAGUCCCAUGAGAUUCGCAAGCAAGAUCGUGGCACCGUGUCUCUUUCUCCUUGGCACGAAAGACCUUCGAGUGGAUAAGGGUCAAGGACUGAAACUCUACAAACAUCUCAGAGCACGCGGCGUAGAGGCGAAAUGCCGCAUGUAUGAGGACAAUCACUCGUUAUCGAAGGUGAAACACAACAGCGAUCUCAUGAUUGCGAGCGUCGAAUGGUUAGACACGUACACCAAGAAACCGUGACUGCUCUACACCCAAGGGAGAUGAACACUGACGAAAAUAAAUCUUCAU